UAGGGGAAAGGCUUUGAAAUAUAUUAUUUUUGGGGCCGGGUAAUUAUUGUUUAUAUAAAUCUAUUACAAGAUGUGGCUCUUGGUUUCCACUUUGGAGGAGCCUUGAUAAAUUUAUAGCUUUAAGUUGCUCCUUAUUUUGCUUUGGAAUUAUGCAGAAAUUAAAACCGGCAGCAAGAAGUCGAAAAAGUUCAUUUUUUUCUGAGGUCGCUUGCAAAAAUUCCAAACGGCUGACCUGACGAAAAUUGAUAGAAUUCGGAAGUUUAGUUGUCUGAAAAUAAGUCUGGUUGUUUUUCAAGAGGCUCACAGGUUUACACGAUUUGUUGAGUAUUUUUGAAUUAUCGUAAAUCGGGAGUUUAUUUCCUGUUUAUUUAUGUAGUGCCCACGUGGCGGCACCGUUAAACCGUUAUGGCGCCCUCAAUAGUCCAUGUUGUGAUUAGCCGGUGUUGGGAGAUUGCACGGUAUUGCACGUGUUUUAACUUUUAUGACAGUGUGACAAAUCAUGACUGAACCCAUCUGUUACAAAAACACUUAAAAGUACCCGAGUAUUCAACUAGAUGUACAUACAAUUAGGAUUGUUAAUGGUACAACCACCACUUCGGGUGAGUAUUAAUUGGAAAGCCUGAGUAAAAUCGUAACUACAUUGCAGCUAGGUUUUUACUUUUUUAGCAUGUUGAGCCGUUACGUUUUCAACCAGCACACGGGAGGUCUAGUAUUUUUAGUAAUAAUAGUAUGUCCUAUUCUCUGAUUCUACCUCAUCCAUAUUUUAUUUUUAACAUGUUUAUUAACAAAACAACACAACACAUAGUAUAGUAUAAUAUUAAUAUUAUGAUAACGUUUUUUUACGAAUUGUUUCAGUCGAUCAUCGAUUCGAUUGCAAUGUGAUUGUCGUUUUCAUUUUUAAUUUACAUAAAUAAACAUACAAAAAUACAAAAUUACAAGACCUUGUCUUGUUAUAAAUGUUAUGUAUUGUUCUAUAUAGACACAACAGAACUGAGUGAAUGCCCAACAAUGCAUUGUCAAACCGCUGUUGGCCAAAUCUGUUGGUAAUGUUUGUUGCAAUUAAGAUUCGAGUCGCCAUGCAAAUGGCUUAGAUUUUAAAAUAGUAAUGUUAUUGAUAAGACUUAUCAAAAGUGUAUGCGUAUCUCACUAAGUUUUCUUGGCCUGUUGAAUGUUGUUGGUGGAGUAAACUGGUAGUGUUGAAAUGAAUGUGAUUUUUUGUUGGUGGUUAUGUUCGAUGAAAUUCGUUGCUUGCACAGCAAGUGAAGAAUUAUGAUUGCAAGUGCAGGAUUCUGUGGUAAGCAGAGCCGUGACAUGAAAUUGAGCGCCAGUGUUUCGUUCGAGACCCAAUCUUGACACUUGUGAUAUUUAAAAAACAAUUUUUUUUUUCUUUCUUCACAAGACUCUGGAAAGUACUGAGUAUACAGUGCGUACAUCGGUGUAUGGAACUAACUUUUUGCUGAAGGCCAGGACGCUCACCGUUCCACCAUGCCGUCAUCUGAUUCUCUGCCACUGCCACUGCCACUGCCACUGACCGAGACCCCUUUACCAAGGGAGUCGGGGAAACUGAUCGCAUCUAAGAGCCAAGAUGUUACGAUUCAUCAGGAUGGAGUGACUACAGUUGCUAACAUGGUUUUAGAGAGUUUGAAGAAGAAUGAGUACAGUAUUAAGAUGUGGAAACAACAUGACCUGCAUCCAAAGCAGAUGACCAAAGAGACUGUCGAUUGGAUCUUUGUAGUAGACACAUUGAAUUUUUCCUUCUGGAGUGAGACAAAUGAUAAGAGAUUCUUAGUGGAUUACCAGGGGGAAAAGCACAGCGGCUACUGGGCCUUGUGCGCUGCUAUCAAUAGAGCCCUUGAUGAAGACAUCCCGAUCACUUCCGCCUCUUACUUCUCCUGUAUGACCAUGAAGCAACUACGCCACAUCUUCCGCUCAUCAACAGACACCGAUAUCCCACUGUUAGAGAAGAGAUUAAAGCAUCUUCAUGAGGCAGGCAAAGUACUACUGGAGAAAUUUGAGGGUUCUUUCGCCAACUGCAUCUCCCAAUGUGGUCAGAGUGCAUCAAAGUUACUGCAGCUAGUCACAGAAAACUUCCCCUCGUACCGAGAUGUGGCUACCAUUGACGGGGCCCCAGUGUCGCUAUACAAGAGAGCGCAGAUACUCAUUGCUGAUAUAUGGGCAUGCUUUGAAGGUCAGGGGUUCGGAAACUUCACCGAUAUCAAGGUUUUGACCAUGUUUGCAGAUUACAGAGUGCCUCAGGUGUUAAAUUACUUCGGAGUGUUGAAGUAUUCUGCUAAUCUUCGAGAGAUUCUCGAGUCGGGUCGUCUCUUCACUCCGGGUGAAAGGUUAGAGGUCGAGAUCAGAGGUUGCUCUAUCUGGUCUGUUGAGUUAAUCCAUGAAGAAUUGCAGAGACUGAUGGACGAGGAGGGCGCCCUCUCUGACCUGUCUCUGAAUAGUAUAAUCAUUGACUUCUACCUAUGGGACUACUCUAAAGAUCACUGGCAGGAAAUGAAGCAUCUACCCAUCCAUAGAAUCAGAAGCACAUUCUAUUGAGACUCGACCAGGGACUCCAGUUGGACUCGAACCUUUCUACGGGCCUAAACAGCAGACACUGAUGGACGAGGAGGGCGCCCUCUCUGACCUGUCUCUGAAUAGUAUAAUCAUUGACUUCUACCUAUGGGACUACUCUAAAGAUCACUGGCAGGAAAUGAAGCA